CACCUCGACUCUUCACCUACUCUACUCACCUCACUGUCCACCUCACUGUCCACCUCACUGUCCACCUCACCACUAUCUUCGUCUCUUCUAGCAUCACUCAACUCUCUUCAGAGUUCAACCGCAAAGAUUCUCUCCAUCACAACCAGUCCCAUUCACAAUGAAGUACACCAAGCCUUCAUCGGGCGGAAUAUACCCAUUCCAGCCCUGGAGCCAGAACGGAUCCAGCAUCAGAUCCUCCCCCAGUGAGGCAUCUCCCACCAUGCAACAUAUCGCCUUCAGCUUCGGCAGCGCCUCUGAAUGCUCUCCCAUCUCGAUGCCCCCGCCGCCGCCGCCUUCUCCCAGCGACAACACCCUGACCGACAUCACUCCUCGCAAAUGCUCCUUCUCCAGCGGAUACGGCAUGAGCAACAACUCCUGUGCUUUCCCCUCCUGGCCCAACCGCCCUUCUCUCAUCAGUGCCGACUCCGAAGGCUCGACGGCCAGCGCCUACAUCUCGGACGAGGAUCUCUACUUCGAACCCAUUGCCUCGGUCGAGUCGGCGAUUGACGAGGAGUCCGCCGCCCACGACCCCGCCAUGGGAGGUCCCGACAUGACGACAGAGCAGCAGAUCCAGGCGAUGCGCGCUGCAGCCGAAGAGGAAGCCCACCGUGCUCGAUUCCUGGCCCAGGUCCAAGCCCAUGCACGAGCUCAGCAGGCCCUACGAGUGGCCCAGCUCGCGGCGGUGGAGCGAGAGAAUGCGAAACGCAAGAAACGCAAGGCCAUUCCUGACCGAAAGCGACGCGCGACCUCCUCUUCCAAGAGCUCCCGCGCGUAAAAAAACACAAAAAACAGGAAUCUAAAAGCCACACCGAUUAUCUAGUGGGCGCUAGAGUGACUCACGACAGUUAUCGAUCAUUAUCAUGCAUACCCGAUCCCCCCACUUUCUUCACCCCACGCUUUUCGCUUUUUCUUUUUCUUUUCCUUUUUCUUCCGGUGUAUCUUCCGUCAGAAGAAAAGAGGAGAGCUAUCAAGUGAUCGGCGGUGUUUCCGACAGCUUCGUUUUUCC